AUACUCGACCACUCUGAGGGAACUCUGCGUAACUUUGAGAUCUCAGUAAAACAGCCUUAUUGACUGCACUGUGCAUCUGGGAACACCUGCCAUGCCUGCAUCGACUGAGUGCCCUCCGUUUAGACUCGGCGAGUCUCGGUUUGAUCAGGGUUCAUUUUAUGGCAGACUAAGACACUUCCUGGAUGUGAUCGACCCUCGCACUCUCCUUGUAUCAGAGAAACGUUUAAAUGAAUGUAUGAAACUCUUGGAUCAGUUCAAAAAUGGAACUCUGCCUCCAAGUGUGACUAAUGUGCAGCUUUGGGAGGCACAGAAGAUUAAACAGGCCAUCAUCCAUCCAGACACAGGAGAGAAGAUCCCCAUGCCCUUUCGCAUGUCAGGUUUUGUGCCCUUUGGUACUCCAGUGGUUGUAGGCCUCCUUUUACCCAAUCAGACAUUUGCUUCCACCAUCUUCUGGCAGUGGCUGAACCAGAGCCACAAUGCCUGUGUCAACUACUGCAACCGUAAUGCAUCUAAGCCCACGCCAAUGUCAACGUUUUUCCAGGGUUACCUCGGUGCAGUCAGCAGUGCAGUUACUAUUGCAGUGGGGCUGACUCUUCUUAUUAAAAGAGCUGAGCAUUUCAGUCCAGCUACAAGAAUCCUGGUCCAGAGGUUCAUCCCGUUCCCUGCUGUUGCAAGUGCCAACGUGUGUAAUGUUUUGCUGAUGCGCCACACUGAGCUGUCAGAGGGCAUCUGCGUACUGGACGACAAAGGCAAUGUGGUGGGCACCUCAAAGCUGGCUGCCAGGCAUGCUCUGAUAGAGACAUCCCUGACUCGUGUCGUGCUGCCCAUGCCUGUUCUCCUGCUGCCGCCUUUAAUAAUGGCCAUGCUGGAGAGGCUCCCUCUGCUGCAGAAGCGCCCUCGUCUCGGGCUGCCUGUUCACAGCAUGGUGUGUCUCUGUGCGUUCGGCCUAGCGCUGCCUGUUGCCAUCAGCCUGUUCCCCCAAAACAGUCAGAUCCACGUGUCGGAGCUCGAGCCAGAGAUCGCUGCUGCAACAGAGUGCAAGAUCCUGACCUACAACAAGGGUCUUUAACCAGUCAGAAUGCUUGACACCCAGCAACUAAUGUCACUGUCCCUCACGCCACACACAGAGACAGACUCACACCGGCGCUAAUCGUCCUCUUGCCAUGCUCUUGAACGUGGAAGUUGCAAAUAGAGGAUUUCAGGAUAUUUACAGCAGUGAAAACAAGUAUUCUUUUGAAUUUCCCUGUGAUGUACUUUAAAUGCACAUAAUUACCAGCCUUCCCAUUCAAGCAGUUCUGUAUUAUCUGACUACAAAAGACUGAAAAAUAAAUGUAA